AUGUCUCCUGUUUAUGUACAUUUUAUGUAUCAGAAAAUAAAUAAACAAGCAUCUGCUCGAGUACCAAAAGCACCUCCUACUGGAGGUACACAAAACUCUAACCUCCCGAUUGCAAGCAGACACGAUGGUGGACGCUCAAAAACUGUUAUUAGUCCACCAGCAGGAUUGCAAUCAUUACGACGUAAUAUGUCUAUCACUGAAACUACAGUUGAAACACCAGUUUCAUUUUAUUCUAAAGCUAAAGAUUAUUGGAGUCAUGUUUCACCAACUGUUGAUGGCAUGUUAUCUGGUUAUACUUCAUUGAAUGUACCAGAUAUAGCUGAUUCGGAAGCAUUUCUUGAUGAAUUUGGACCGAGUACAACUGCUUAUGCAUUAGAUUGUGGUGCAGGUAUUGGACGUGUUACUAAACAAUUAUUACUACCUCGUUUCUCUAUUGUUGAUAUGGUUGAAUUGACACAGUUAUUUCUUGAUCAAACAGAAGAUUACAUUGGUCCAACACAUUUUUCAAGGGUUGGUGAACGAUUUUGCAUGGGUUUACAAGAAUUCACACCACCAACUGGACGAUAUGAUUUAAUCUGGAUUCAGUGGGUGUUAGGACAUUUAUCCGAUUUAGCCUUAUUAGCAUUUUUAAAACGUUGUGCACAUGGUCUAUCGCCUGGUGGUGUAAUUGUCAUUAAAGAAAAUGUUACAUCCACUGGUGGACAUGAUGAAAAUGCAGUGAUUAAUUCAACUGAAGUCAAUUUUGAUGAAAUUGACAGUAGUUAUACACGACCACGUUCUGCAUAUAUUAAAGUGUUUAAAGAUGCUGGUUUAAAGUUAAUCGGUGAAAAAGCACAAACCAAUUUUCCAUUAUCGCUGUAUCCAGUAAGAAUGUUUGCUCUCUGCUGUGAUGGAAAACCGAAAGCAUCACCGACAGCAUUGGUUGCACCACCGUCAUCAGCAGUGUUAAGCGCUUAA